AAGAGAUUGAUUGUUUAUUUAUUUAUUUAAUUUAUCUGGAAAAAUAUUAAUAUUCUAUUAAAGAUGAGUUUUUGUACCUGAAACGAAAAUGGAGAGAAUCUAGAGUCUCUUUAAGACAAACUCAUAUAAUUUCUUUCUCUCUCGAAAAGAGAAAAAUAAAUCAAAUGAAAACCUUUGAAUGGAGGAAAGAGAUGGAAUGGGAGGAUGAGAGAGACCCUUCUUCUUCUCCUAUAAGUUAAUUUUUUCUCGUCUGUUUCUGCGGAUUUCUUUUUGUUUGUCUGCAAUUUUCUCUCUCUCUCUCUCUCUCUCUCUCUCUCUCUCUCUCUCUUAUUUCUCUCUCUAAAUCUUCCUAGAGAGAAUGGCCCAGCAGAUCCAAAAUCUUUCGUCUAAUCGAACUUUCUCAUGGAUUUUCUGAAAUUCUCGCCUUGAUGUCUCAGCUCAUUUUGGGUUGAUAUUCCCAGAUUCUUGAUUCCUGAUAUCUGGGGUCUCUUCCUUCUUCUCUGUUCUCGAGCUUUUUAUUAGUUCUCAACUCAAACUCCACUGAUAUCCUUUGUGGGUUCUUCAAAAUAUUAUUUGUCUAAUUUAAGAGGUAGAAAUGGGGGCAAACAUGCAGUAUAAUAGCUAUUUCUCAGGAUAUCACUCCGCAAGGAAUCUUAACUUGGAUGCCAACGCUAGUACAUGGCCCUUAGAUUUUAAUGACAAAGUUUCAGAGAGUGGAAAUUACUAUAACGGCUAUUUGUCUCCCAACUAUCUUUUAACAUACAACAAAGAACUGUUAAAGCAGACAAUGCUCAAGCAUGAAACAAUUUUUAAAGAUCAGAUUCAGGAGCUCCAUCGCCUUUACAGAAGACAAAUGGAAUUGAUGAGUGAAAUUAGAAGGAAUGAAUUGCACAAGUCUUAUUCAAGGUUUGAGGCAUCACAUUCAGAUACUGUAUUCUUUCAAACAUCAUCUGAACAGUUCCCAAAGACUUUUCAAGUCCCCAAAUUUGGCCCAAUAAACCCUGCAGACAGUCCAAUGUCUAUUUCUGGUUCUGAAAAGCUCUCACCUUUGAUUUCAGUACAAGGGAAAAACAUUCAACUAUGUUCUCCUUACUCUACUAAAUCUGAAGUGUGCUCAAAAGAUUUUCUAUUAUCAGAAUCUAACGACAAGAAAUUCGGGAAGAAAUCGUUGGAUCUUCAACUGACUGCUGUUGAGUACUUUAAUGGUGAAGACAAGGUCCUCUUAGAUGAUAAAAUGGUUUCUGAUAUGCCUGAGAAAUCCAGUCAGUCUGUGAAGACAUCUCCACAAGUAGUGUACACCAGUGAUGUAAAAUCAUUUUUUGGAAGUGAUGUAUUGAACUCUCUUUUUCACGCGACUAACAAAAUCCCUGCUUCAAUAUUAGAGAAACAGGAAGCAUCCAUUAAAUAUUCAUUGGAGGAAUCUUUUCAAAAUACCCAAAAAUUGCCAGAUCUUGGUCCAUCAAAUUUUGUAUUGGCGGAAACUGAAAGAAAAGAGGGGCAGUUAUCCUGUCAUGACAAGUCUGCUGAUUUUUUUUUCCAAGAGAAAUCCAGAAGCAGCUUGAAUCCUUUUCAUCGAGGUCUAAACGAUGAUAAAUUGUCCUCUUUGUCUGGUCUCUUGCAAAAGGACCGCGAGCUAGUUCAGGAAAAUUCAUCUUUUCAUCAGGGAAACCAUACUUCAUUUGUUGAAAGAGGAAUUUAUGAUUUGGAGUGCUCGAGAAAGAAUGAUGCUCCCUCAGUUGACAAAUAUAGUGGACCACAUGGUACUUUUUCUGAGAACAUUUUCAGGGACCAUGGUGGUCCUCAGGUCAAUAUUACAAAUUCCCAGUCAUCAAUUCUUGCUUUGAAAAACUUUGGUGACUCUACACGGAAUCCAGUUGCAGUUCAGGCACUGCCUUGUUUUAACACCUCUGCACCAUUGGAUAAAAGGCGUAGAUUAGCAAUAGGAAGACUGGAGCUCGAUGGAGACAGCAAGUUGGUGUCUAAUCAUGACCUAUCAGAGCAUAAAGGUUCAUUUAACUUGAAUUCCAGACCACAAAACUUUUCUUCAGAGUUUGUGGUUUCGAAAGGUAUUCAGCCAGCACAGGGAGUCAGAAAAUGUGAAUAUUCAGUCAGUGGGUUUGAUUGGCUUGGGAAAGACAAUAGUGGACGUGGAAAUUCAGCGCAGGUGGAGGGGAUGGAAAAAUGUGAAUAUUCUGCUAGUGAGUUUGCUUGGCUUGGGAAAGACGGUAGUGGGCAUGGAAAUUCAGCUCAGGUGGAGUCUCUUUCUUUAAAAGCUUGUUCUGUUGGUAAGCAUGUUGAACCUAAGAAUGUUGAAGCACUUGACUCCUUGAGUAAACUGAUCUCUGGAUCUCAUGACUCUAACAAAUCUUACAUUUCUGAUCGUCACUGCUCUUCUAGCAACAACCCCUCAAUAACCUGUCAAAGCCUGGUUAAAGAUGUGAGGCCCAAAGGAAAAGUAUUUGACUUGAACUUGGCUUGUGAUUCUGUUUCUGAGCCAGAGAAUGAAUUAACUGUAGAUGAACAUGCAGUAGAGGAUGGGGUUGGCAUGAAACCUGCAGUUUUUGGUUGCCUCUUUGACCUGAACUCAUCUAUAAAUGACUUAGAUGCUCAAGAGCUGGCUCAUACAGAAGAAAUUGAUUUUGAUGCUCCUCCAAGUCCAGAAAACAAGGAGUGUUCUCCACCCAGAGGAGAAUCAGAUGAAAACCAAGUUGAGACACCCUUGAUUUUGUCUGGUCCGGAUGAACCUGAUCUGCCAGAUGAACUCACGAGAAUUGCAGCGGAUGCAAUAGUUUCCAUUUCAUCAUCAAGGUCCCAGAGUUCUGCCCAAAUAACCAGUUGCAAGCAGCUUGAAACAAUUUCACAUGACUCCCUACUUUGGUUUGCUGGCAUAGCUUCCACAGUAUUAACAGAUUCAGCAAAUGAGUUUGAAUCACUUUUGAAAACUACAAUAGAUGACAACUCUGAGGAGCUUCUACCUGAUGGAAUGGACUAUUUUGAGGCCAUGACACUGAAGCUGACAGAGACAGAAAUGGAGGACUUCUGUUGUAAAAGUAAUGGCUCAAAGGAGGAAGAAACUGGCACCUCUUCAUCUCCUACUCAGCAAAGGAAGGGUCGGACAAGGCGUGGAAAGCAGCGAAAAGACUUCCAAAGGGAGAUUCUCCCAAGCCUUGCAUCUUUGUCGAGGUAUGAGGUCACAGAGGAUCUUCAGAUUAUAGGAGGUCUGAUGGAAGCUGCUGGCACACAUUGGGAAACAGGGUCAAUGAGAUAUGCCACUAGAAACGGGUACUCGAGGGGGAGGAAGCGGGGUUCCAUUCCUAGUUCCUCCAAUGCAGGAGUGGGUUGCUCAGUUGAGCCACUGUUGAAACAACUGAAUAGUAGCAACAACAAGCUGGUCAACGAAGAGAGAAGUGUAGUAUGUUGGGGAAAGGUGACUAGGAGGCGCCGGGGACAGAGAUGUCCGGUUAGAGUUAGUAAUCCACACCUUAUACUAAGUCAAGUUUAGUAAAAUUGAUGCAUAAAGAGACCAUUUUUCUUCUUCUUUUGUUUUAUUCUGAAUUAUUGGAAUCUCUUGUAAAUGUUUUCUAAGACUUGGACAUACAUAUAUGAGGUGUUUGAAUAGGAAAAGAAGCCAUGACAUACGUAAGCUAUUUCAGGUGUAGAUAGUUUCAAUGUUGUGAUAUGCUUAAUUUAAGCUAUAAAAUGCAACUUUUAACUA